UAAAUACCCGUCGUGUGUCCUUAACAAUUUACACACGAAAGUUAGUUAGCAAACCAAAGCAGCACACAUGGAGAAACAGAGCAUCACAAACUCUUCUUGGAUACGAGGUUCUUAUAUCGGAAGAGGAUGUUUCGGAACAGUAAGCAAAGCCGUGAGCAAACUCAACGGUAGAGUUUUCGCCGUUAAGUCAGUAGACCUCGCCACGUGUCUCCCUUCUCAAUCCGAGUCCCUUGAGAACGAGAUCACACUCCUCCGCUCUCUCGAGCCUCACCCGCACAUCGUGACGUUCCUCGGCGAUGACGUGUCAAAAGAAGGAACGUCGUCGUUUCGUAACCUCCACUUGGAGUAUUUACCCGAAGGUGACGUGUCUAACGUCGUCAGCGACGAAACGCUCCUCCGCCGUUACGUCUGGUGCCUCGUGUCCGCUCUCCGUCACGUCCACUCUAACGGAAUCGUUCACUGCGACGUGAAAGCGAAGAACGUCCUCGUCGCCGACGGCGGAGGAUCGGUGAAGCUUGCGGACUUCGGAUCGGCGAUGGAGAUGGAGAAACCGGCGCCGCCGCGUGGGAGUCCGCUCUGGAUGGCGCCGGAGGUGGUGAGGAGGGAGUACCAGGGACCGGAGAGCGACGUGUGGUCUCUCGGCUGCACGGUCGUCGAGAUGCUCACCGGGAAACCGGCGUGGGAAGAUCACGGUUUCGACUCGCUGAGUCGGAUCGGGUUUUCGAACGAGUCGCCGUUUGUUCCAGCAGGGAUCUCCGAGCUCGGCCGCGAUUUCUUGGAGAAAUGCUUGAGACGAGAUCGGAGUCGGAGGUGGAGCUGCGAUCAGCUUCUCGAGCAUCCGUUUCUACGUCGAGUUCAUCAUCAUGACUCGUUUUUAACCACCGAGUCAUCUCCGCGUUGCGUUUUGGACUGGGUCAACUCGGAGUUCGAAGGAGAAGAGAGCAAUACGGUCUCAGCGAUGGCAAGAAUGAGUAAAUUAGCGACGAGGGAAGGGGCAAUUUGGGAAUCAAACGGUUGGAUUGAGGUUAGAAGCGAUGCUUCCGAAGAGUUAGCGGAAAAAUUGGAAUAUCCGGUUUCAACAAGGGCUGAAUUGCAAUUAAACAUAUCAUCGGUGUCUAGUGAUGAUUCUGUUUCACCGUCCGGAAGUGAAGAAUCGGCGUCGGUGAUGACGUGUGAAGUAUCGUUGGUGUUAUUAUUGGUGGUAGAGAAUAUUCAGAUAUAUGCCACGUUUUACAUUCGUAUUAUUGUCCGUAUGCUAUAUUGUUGUUGUUGUUAUCAUCAUCAAAGUAGUAAUAAUAAGAAGUUGCGAAAAUAUCUAUCUUUCAUUCUCAGCCUUAACUUUUUGUUCGUUAUUGCAUGUGAUUCGGAUCGGUCUAUCUCUUGAAAACUCUUACGUGAU